GUGAAUUGAAUGAAAAGUGAGAACAAAAUAUGGCGUUUGUGACCACUGCGGAAGUUUGUGACGCGAAUCAAGAGAUGAUUCGUAGUGGCCAGCUCCGAGCUCUGCAACCCGCUUUCCAGAUUUACGGUCGUCGUCAAAUAUUUUCAGGUCCAGUAGUUACUGUCAAAGUAUUUGAAGACAAUGGCUUAAUCCGUCACUUCCUCGAAGAGAAAGGCAAUGGAAGAGUUCUUGUGGUGGAUGGUGGAGGGAGUUUACGCUGUGCGAUACUAGGAGGAAAUCCGGUAGUACAAGCGCAGAACAAUGGAUGGGCAGGGAUCAUAGUGAAUGGUUGCAUCAGAGACGUUGAUGAGAUCAAUGGUUGCGACAUUGGAGUGAGAGCUUUGGCUUCUCAUCCAAUAAAAGCUAGUAAGAAAGGACUUGGUGAACAAAGAGUCCCUUUGAACAUAGCAGGCACUCGUAUAUGCGAUGGUGAAUGGCUUUAUGCAGAUACUGAUGGUAUCCUUGUUUCUCAAAUUGAAUUAUCCGUUUAAAGGACACAAGUGAUGUUGAAUCUUGAAGCUACUACUUUUGUGCUUUGUGUUUUCUGUAAUGGCUAUCAGCCUAUCAGAGUAAAAGUUAGCUUCUUUG